GGUACCGGCUCGGAGCUCCGAGCUGGGCGGCACGGCCCCAGAAGGCAGCGAGGCCGGGCGGCCCCGGCCCGCGCCCCCCCGCCAGGCCCACCAUGCAGGGCCCAGCCGGGAACGCGAGCCGCGGACUGCCGGGCGGGCCGCCCUCCACCGUGGCGCCCGGGGCGGGCCGCUGCGAGAGCGGCGCGCUCAUGCACAGUUUCGGCAUCUUCCUGCAGGGUCUGCUCGGCGUCGUGGCCUUCAGCACGUUGAUGCUUAAACGUUUCAGAGAACCAAAGCAUGAAAGAAGGCCAUGGAGGAUAUGGUUUUUAGAUACUUCCAAACAAGCCAUAGGAAUGCUGUUCAUUCACUUUGCAAACGUAUACCUGGCAGAUCUCACGGAAGAGGACCCUUGUUCACUGUACCUCAUCAAUUUCCUCUUGGAUGCUACUGUGGGCAUGCUGCUCAUCUACGUGGGCGUGCGUGCUGUCAGCGUCCUGGUGGAGUGGCAGCAGUGGGAGUCUCUGCGUUUUGGCGAAUAUGGAGACCCUCUGCAGUGCGGAGCCUGGGUUGGGCAGUGCGCUCUUUACAUCGUGAUCAUGAUCUUUGAAAAAUCUGUCGUCUUCAUUGUUCUCCUAAUACUUCAGUGGAAAAAGGUGGCCCUAUUGAAUCCCAUUGAAAACCCAGACCUGAAACUGGCCAUCGUCAUGCUGAUCGUCCCCUUUUUUGUCAACGCUUUGAUGUUUUGGGUCGUGGACAAUUUCCUCAUGAGAAAAGGGAGGACGAAAGCUAAGCUAGAAGAAAGAGGAGCCAACCAGGACUCAAGGAAUGGGAGCAAGGUCCGCUAUAGAAGGGCCGCAUCUCAUGAGGAGUCAGAGUCUGAGAUCCUGAUCUCAGCCGACGAUGAGAUGGAGGAGUCCGACGUGGAGGAGGACCUCCGGAGGCUGACCCCGCUGAAGCCUGCGAAGAAGAAGAAGCACCGCUUCGGACUGCCCGUAUGACAGCCCGCGCGGGGGCAGGGGCGGCACCCAGCCAGCUGCCGGGUCCGCAGGGGCCGCUCUGCCGUCGUCCCUUCCUCCUCUCUCUGCCCCCUCUUCUACCUCCACCCCUCUUGCUGUCUCUGCCCACUCCCAGACUACUGUGACUCGAGAGAGGGCUGACGAGCAGCGCCGAGGGGUCGUGGCAGCCGGCGGUCCCCACUCAGUUGCACUACAAACACUGACCAAAUAUGCAAG